AUGGAUGCUUUGGGUGCCUUGGACUCGCUUUCCGAAGAUGAAAGCCACGAGGAGAUGGCCGAGACAUUUCUGGAGAAACCUCUGGAUUUCCAGGCAUUGCAGCCCCACCUGCGGAAGGAGAGUGAAGAGGAGGCAGAAGGACUGGACCGUAUCUACAUUAAGUUCAAAGAGAAGUUGGCCACCACGGCGACCGAAGAUGGCGAGGUCACCUCCACCGAUCCGCCCCAGUCGAGGGAUCAGCAGAACGCUGAGCUCCCGGUAUUGCAGACUACAAGGAGACCGACGCCGGCUUCUCUGGUGGACGGCGCCUAUGAGAAGUCCCAGCCGCAGAAGAUUCUUGACUAUGACGUCGAGCAGUCAGAAGGUGACCUGAGGCUCCAGAGCCUUCUGCAAGGCGAUUUCUGCCGGAAAUGUGGGAUGAAGAUGUGCCGAUGUGUGGACUACUCCGACCAUGCAAGGAAAAGGCCCUUCUCUUGGCCGAUGCACAGCCAAAGCAAGGCCUCAAAGAAGCGCAGGGCCAAGGGCCCGGGUCCGGGCCCCGCGCGUCCUUAA